GCAAAAUAAAAUAAAUUCAAUAAAGACAUAUUGGCUUCGGUGGAAAAUAUAGCAAUUCAAAGUCUUCAAGAUUUUCAGUGGAGUUUCUAAGUAAAGUACAAGUUUUUAACAGCAAUAUACAAACUCUUAUGCAUACAAUGUAUUAACACAAAUGAUGGGUAUAAAUGUUUCUUCACAAUUCACAAAUACCGAGUAUAAUGUUUUUAUUUAGAUAUAGGCAAACUAAAAAACUUCAAAUGGGUUUUUAAAGCCCAAGUCUAGUUGUCAUUAAAUCGUGAGUUUCACUUGGCCAUUCUCAGAUAUGAAUAGCCAUGGAAUCACCAAGCUCAUGGGCGUAUGAUUUAGGCGACCGGAAGAGCAAAAGAUCAAAGACUGGAGAAUCCGGUUUUCGUAAGAACAAACUGAUCGUCGUUAGCUUCUUGGCUUGCCCUGCAAUUCCCGGAGAAUAUAUGCAUGCGUCUAUUUUGGAUCUAGAAGAUCGUCCAGAUUCGGAUGAUUCAAACGGUAAUCCUCCUCUCCCUCCCCCUAUUAUUCGGAUCGAAGGUAGCUAUGGUAUGGACCAGGGGUGGGGGUUCUGCGUUUUAGAUUCGAUCCUCUAUAUGAGUGGAGAAAAGAAGUCCGUAUAUAAAGUAGAUCUAUCAAAACUGUCUACCUGCACGAGUGAUAAUUACAGGGCAGAGAAGAUAGACGCCGAAAUGCUAGGCGUGAAAAAUCGCGUUGUUUCUACGGCAAUCUCAAUGCCUGACGGCCGUGAUAGAGUUCUCGUCUUUUCAACCCGAGACCUUUGUGCGGACUCUUCUUUGAGAACUACUAUUGAUUUUGAAAUUUAUGAUCCAAAUACCGGACUUUGGGAAAUACUCCCAGGAAGCGACAAGUGGGGGAUGAUGCAGCUGUUUGGUUUGAUAUCAAAUCAUUCACUGUUCCCAACAACAAGAAGUCUCUCUUGCUCAUCCAAACGAACUCCGAUGACCCUUCAAUCUUUGCCCUUGAUUUCCUAUUCCCCCAUAAAGGCUGGCAAAAACUAGAAACCUACUCGGGUGUUAAAAGUAUUCCAGUUACUGAAUGGCCACAAUGUUUCUUUGUGGAGGAUGAAAUAUGUUUGACUGCUUUUGGUGCAUAUGAUAUUUUGGACAAGGAUCCUUCAUGGCCUAGUAGAUUUUUCUCUUUUCCACAACCAGAAGUGCUGGAAUAUCCACAACCAUGGCAUCUUUUUAUACCAUCCUCAGCCUACGGAACCCUACUUGGCUAUGAUUCCAAUACCGGAGAUUGUGAGUUCUGUGUUGUUCAGCUGGGGGAAAGUAUAGUUGACAGUUCACCUUGGCUACAACAAUGUGUUUACAAGUUUAAUAUGAAGGAGUACAGAUCCGAGAAAAAGAGGGAGAAGGUGGAAGGAGAAGCUGUUGAGCUCCGUAUACACAUUACCAAGCAUCUUUUAGUUCAGACAGUCUCUCAUCCGUGUCUUUUUUGGACUGCAUUAUAUAUGAAUUCCUUUUAGCUCGGGUUGUUUCACGCGCGCCUUGCCUUUGGUGUAAUUCUCUUGCCUUUCAUCUGGUUGAAUAACAUUCCCUGUUAUGAAGUCAUAGGAAAAUUAGGGAAUGUUACAUAACAGGGAAAAAAGUUUGGGGUCAUGGCCAUAGGUAGCAUGCAAUUGUUUUUUGUCCAUCAACGUUGUCCUUGUUACAAAACUUUUUUCCCUACUUUCUCCUGAGCCAACUUAUAAUUGAAAAUUUUGGGGUUUGGGUGCCUUUUAUUUCU